GACAGCUAGACUUGCAGCAAGAUUUUUAGGGUUCUCUGUUCUUCUUCGACAAUUAAAUGAAGAUUCUUUUUGACUAAAAAAAACCAAGAGUCUUCUUCUUCGAUCUCUGAUACAACUAUAGAGUUUCGAUGUCUUCAAUCCACGUUAAGACUCGCUCUGUGAAUCUUCGAUCUGGCGUUCUGUCUUCUCUUCAGAGCGAUGUUCUUCAACCACGUCGGGAGCUGAUGGGCGUGUAUAUGCUCUUACUGGAUUCAAAGCGACCCUCGUGCUGGCCACUGUGAAUGUUAAUAGGCUAGCAACUUACAUGCCUUAUCUCAAAGCGGGUAAUCAUAACUUCCGGAUUUCCUACUCCUCCCUGUUGAUUAGAUUCAGUGAUGCUAACUCUUUGGAUGAAAUAACCGAACCGGCUUCACCCACACCUGAAGAAUGUUCCAGGUUACGUAAUCACACGAGAUGCUUGGUCCUGCCAACUCACACUCAACUCCCAAGUAUUCUUCCUAUAAUCUGUUCAUCUAUAUAGCAAGAUAAAAUAUUUAAUAUUCAUUAUCACACACAUAUUGUUUGUGAGCUAACUGCGGUUAAAAUUACUGUGAGUGACCCACCCCAAGACAAGAACCGGAUGAUGGCAACCAUUAAAAUGGAUAAGUAUUUUACUAUUUCAGAUUAAACCCUUCAACUUUGCAUAUCUGAUUUCUUACUCUUUUUUUUGUAAUAGUAUAUAUUAAGCACUUUGAUACAUGUUUUCCAGUAUCAGUGAUGUUUCCGUGACGUUGAGUUUAUUCGACUCACAAUCUAUUAAGUUUCACACCAAGCUUGAGGCCGUACGUGGUGAUCCACGAGCGGUUGUUGCAACCAGCAUUCAUCCAAAAAUUGUCGUUUGUUUCUCAAUGCCACAUCAUGGACACACAUCUAUUUCAACAAGGAGACUAAUGUUGGGGAAAGAUAUUUUUACAAGCUGUUCUAUAGCGACACUGAGCAUGCAUCAGCAGCUCCACUGCUGAGGGGCUAUGCCAAGGUCGAGCCUCUGACUAUAGCUGAGCUCAAUGAAUUCGGUGACAAGAAUGAAGAAGAGCUCAGGAUAUUUAUUUUAUCUGUAUCGGCAUGAUCACCGGCAUCAAGAUAGACAAAGGGUUGUGCUACGUUUCUUGCUCCAACUGUACCAGGAAGCUUCAAUGCACUGUCUCAGCCUUUACAUGUUUUCACUGCAACAAUACUAAUGCUGUUGGUGUCCUUCGCUACGGUGUGGAAAUGGUCAUUGCUGAUGAUACUGUUGUAGAGUCUAUUUGUGUGUUUUGACGGGGUAAUGACGAAACUGCAUAACAUGAGAGUCUAUGAAGAUGAUAUGUCUGGUGCCAACUCAGUACCUGCUAAGGCAGCACCAAAUACAGGAGCAGGUCCAAGUGGUGUCAACACAACUAAGUCUCCAGCAAGGAUGUUCUAAGAUGGUCAAGAAAGCACUCAAGUCAUAGAUAAAAAUAAUGGGAAAAUCGCAUUUUUAACCUUCAAAGUGACACUUUCUAGCACUUUAAACCUCCAACCUUUUUCACUAGCACUUCAAUACCUCAACCCUCAAAACUUAUCAUAUUAAACAUUGAAGUCGUUUCCCGCGCUUAAGCCUCCAGGCGAUUUGACGGUAUUGUUCACGCCGUCAUCCUCACUAAAAACGUGUGUCGUUUUUUUAAUUAAAAAAACACCAGAUACGUUUUUUUUAUCUUUUUUAUCUGCUCUAAAUCGAAUUGGGGAUCUAGGGUUUACUCAAAAUCAAAAUCAGAAGGAGAAAGCUCGAUUAAGUGAUAGGAAAUUUCGUGAAUCAAAGCAAAUAUGGGGGAAGCAACAGAAAUGAAGUUAAAGAUUCAUUUUGGAGGUUCAAUGAAGAAGGAUGGUGAAGGAUAUGUGUAUGUUGGUGAAACGGGCACCAAAAAUGUGGAGUGGAAGAUUGACGAGAUCACAUGGGAGAGGUUCAGUCUGUUUUGCAAGGAAGAUUCACUGAUACGAGCACCAAUUGGACUGCUUUGGUUCAAGUUCGAGAAAGAGGAGAUGAAAGACCUGAGAUAUGCAUAUGAUUACUUGGAUGAGGAGAUGCGUAUACUUCGUUCUGCGGGGAAGCUAGGAGUAGAUGUUGUUGAAGUGUUUGUGGAACACAUACCAAACACCAAACAAGACGAGCGUUCGUGUAGUGAUGAAGAUGAAGAUGUUGACAGACCAAAGGAAGACGAUGAGCCUGAAGAAUCAAAGGAUGAAAAUCCGACUAUUCAAGAUAUUCCGGCUGAGAUUAUGACUGGAAACGAAGCUGCCACUGGUGAGAAUCAGAAUGAAAAUGAUGAUGUGGGUGAUGAGCUUGUUGUUGAUGCAGCAGAUGGUGGUAGCGACAGCAGGUUUAAGUCUAUAUUUGAUGAAGGUAUGAAAGCAAUACCAGAUAAAGAAGCAUACGGAGAAGGCAUAAAUGAGGAAGAAAAGGAUGAUGACAGUGAAGAUGAAAGGGCUCCUGUAGAUGUUGAAUAUCCUGAUACGCCCGUAGAUUCAGAGGAUGAAUGGGAAGGAUGGAAUAGAGAGAGAAGAGGGAAAGGGAAAGUCAAAGAGAAGGACAAAUACCAUGGAGAUUAUGAGAAGCCACCUUACAUAUGGCUAUUUCAGAAGUUCAACAGUGGGUUAGAGUUCAAGGAUCAACUGUUAAAGUAUUCUAUGAAUACACAGUAUGAUGUGAAGAUGGCGAAGUCAGAAUCUUGGAGGAUUGCGGUUGUUUGUUCCAAUGAGAAAUGUAAAUUUCGGGUAUAUUGCUCAGUAGAGAAGCCUAUUAAUAGGUGGAUGGUGAAAGUGUGUCACAUGAAACACAAUCAUGGUAAAUCAAGUCGAAUCUCCAUGUUGAAGCAAGGCGUGAUUGCUGGUUUGUUUAGAGAAGAGUUGCGAAGGAAUGUCAACCUCCCGACAUCAGCGAUUAAAGAUGCUAUAAAGGAAAGAUAUGAUAUCGUGGUGCCUAUAGGUAAGUGUUAUAGAGGAAGACACAUAGCCUUGGGUACAAUCCUUGAAGCACAGACAACGCAAUUUGGCAAGUUAUGGGAUUAUGAAGCAGAGUUACAUAGAUCAAAUGGUGGUAUAAGCACUGAAUUAUGCACAAGAGAGGCUAACGGUGUUCAGAUGUUUGACUGCUUUUAUAUUUGCUUCAAGGAAUUACGUGAAUCAUGGAAGAGUUGUUGUAGACCUGUAAUAGGUCUUGAUGGAUGCUUCUUAAAGUGGGAUUUAAAUGGAGAUUUGCUUGCAGCAGUUGGUAGAGACGCUGAUAACAGAAUGUUUCCCAUUGCUUGGGCAGUUGUAAGAGGGGAAAACAAAGACACUUGGGGCUGGUUUGUGAAGAAGCUAAAGAUGGAUCUCGACUUGGGGAAUGGCAAGGAUCUGACCAUCAUUUCGGAUAAACAAAAAGGUCUUGUUCAUGCCAUACAGUUGGAACUCUCUGAUGCAGAACACCGCAUGUGUGCUAGACAUAUUUAUGCGAAUUGGAAGAAGCUUGGGUUUGCGAGAUCAGAGUUUAAAUCUUUGUUUUGGGGAGUUGCUUACAGCUACACUGAAGGAGAGUAUGAAGAGAAGUUGAGUCUAUUAGAGGCAUAUAAUGUUGUAGCACACCAAGAGUUACUCAAGACGGACCCUAAGAGGUGGUGUAGAGCAUAUUUCAGAGUUGAUUCACACUGUCCUGACGUGCAUAAUAACUUAUCUGAGAGCUUCAACAGAACCAUAAAGAUGGCAAGGGCGAAACCCGUGAUAACUAUGUUGGAGGACAUUCGGAGACAAGCUAUGAAGAGGAAUUCAAGGUGGUGGUUUAUGGCAGAUAAGUGGGAUACUAUUGUUACACCAAUCACACUUGCUUUAUUGGAGAAAGCAAGGAUUGCCAAGAAAUAUUGUUUAACACUACGAAGCAGCUCAAGUUUGUAUGAGGUUAAUGAGUGUGAUAAUGGUUACACAGUGAAUUUGGCAACACAUCAGUGUGCUUGCAGGCGAUGGGAUCUUACUGGUAUACCUUGCAAACAUGCUGUCUGUGUGUUUGAUGAUAAUCAAGAAGACCCUGUGAAGUAUACAUCCGAGUAUUACUACACCCAUAAGAUGAAGAAAACAUACAACGAGAACAUCAAGCCCGUCAAUGGUGAAAACUUGUGGAAGAGGCUAGGAAAACCAUCAAUAGGAAUACCAGAGUUAAGGAAGUCAAGAGGUAGACCAAGAACAAGAGAGAGAGGAGAAAAGAGCCAUUUGAAGACCUUGAAAACGCUGGAAAAUCGACAAGACACGGACGUGUGCCCAAAUGUAGCUGUUGCCUUCAGAUGGGUCACAUUAAAAGUGGUUGCAAAAAUGAACAAGUGGUUUAUGAGGGUCCAAAGAACAAACGUGGACGACCUCGUAUACAUACAGUGGGUCCGCCUAAGCCUCCUUCAACAAGAAGAAAAAGAACAAGCUCUUCUCAACCUGUUCAAGCUGCUGAAUCAUCCUCUCAGAUACCAACUCACUCUACUGCUCCACAGCCAUCAGUUUCAUCCUCUGAUCCAAAGCCUCAUGCCAAGAAAGCUCCAAGAGGACCUCCUUUGAAGGUAAGGAAGACAACUAAUAUUCAUCAUGGUGUUGGGACAUUAUGGAGUCCAUUCACAAAUCGACCUUUUGAGGUGCUUGGAGAUCGAGUUUAUGAUAGGUCCGACCUAAACCCACAACCUCCUCCACAAGAGUGAUUAAAUCUAUGUAUGAUCUUGAUGUUGUUUAUGUGCCUUCUCGGAAUCUGUCUUUUUUUGUGUCAAUGACUUUUGUUGUUCACAUGACUUGGAAUUUGUCUUUUGUUGUUCUCAUGACUUAAAAUUUGUCUUUUG